CGCAGAGGAUGGAAGAGAUCCUGCGUAUAUGUGGGAGAUUGUACAAGGAGGAAAGGUUGUAUAUUGUAUUGAUGGUAAGGAUCUUGCUCAAGGUAAUUGGAUGAGAUUUGUGAAUUGUGCAAGAUUUGAAGAAGAACAAAAUAUAAUUGCAUAUCAAUACAAUGGAGAAAUUUACUACCGAGUUUAUAAAGAGAUUGAAGCCAAUAAAGAAUUGCUUGUUUGGUAUGGAGAUGAGUAUGCUGAACAGUUGGGAAUAUCCUUGUUUGAUGAGGAAGAUAAUGACAAGCAUCAGUUUGAAGUUGGAGGUCACAGCUGUAGACACUGUGGAAGGAUGUAUACUUAUCCCGAUUAUUUAGAGAAACAUUUAAAACGAUGUCCAAUGCUUGUUUGUACGAAUCCCUGGGAAUGUCCACGUUGUGGUCGAAAGUACAGUAGUGAAGACUAUCUAAAUGUUCACAUGAAAAAUGAAUGCGGAAAAAAUCCACGAUUAAAACGACAUGUGAGGGUUCAAACAGGAGAGAAACCUUAUCGAUGCAAACAUUGUGGUAAAACAUUUAGACAGCUUUCUAAAUUGAAUGAACAUGUUAGGAGACAUACUGGAGAGAAACCUUACCAAUGUGAAAAUUGUGGUAAAAGAUUUAGACAGCUUGGUAACUUAAGACGUCAUGGUAUGAUACAUACAGGAGAGAAACCUUAUAAAUGUGAACAUUGUGGUAAAACAUUUUCACAGAAUUGUGAUUUGAAUAGACACCUUAGGAUACAUACAGGAGAGAAACCUUAUCAAUGUCAACAUUGUGGUAAAACCUUUACACUGCUUGGUACCUUAAAACGUCACAUGAAGAUACAUACAGGAGAGAAACCAUAUCAAUGUCAACAUUGUGGUAAAACAUUUACACAGCAUUGUAACUUAAAAAAACACGUAAGGAUACAUACAGGAGAGAAACCUUACAAAUGUGAACAUUGUGGUAAAACUUUUAUAUGGAAUGUAGCCUUGAAACAACACCUUAGGAAACAUACGGGAGAGAAACCUUAUCAAUGUAAACACUGUGGUAAAACAUUUAAAGCGCAUGGUGACUUAAAUCGACACCUUAGGAUACAUACUGGAGAGAAACCUUAUCGAUGUGAACAUUGUGGUAAAACAUUUACAGAGCAUGGUAGCUUUAAACGUCACUUUAGGAUACAUACUGGAGAGAAACCUUAUCAAUGUGAACAUUGUGGUAAAACAUUUACAAACAAGUGUGACUUGAAAACACACAUUAGGAUACAUACUGGGGAGAAACCUUAUCAUUGUGAACAUUGUGGUAAAAGAUUUAAUAAGUCUAAUAAUUUAAAAAGACACAUGAAGAUACACACAAGAAAAACCUUAUCAGUGUGAACAUUUUGGUAAAACAUUUAAUGAGAUGAGUAACUUGAAACAACACGGUAAGAUCCAUGCUCGUAAGUAACAUUUAUGAUAUGAAUACUGUGGCAAGGGAUUUACAAAGGAUUGAUUGAGAGUAAGGCUGACAAUGAGGAGGCCUUGGCCCUUCUAAUCUUGUGAAGGACUGCCAUCAUGAAAAAAUGAAAUCCUUAGAGAAAUUAACAUGUAGGUAAUCAGUGACGAUAUCAGCCUGAUCUUUUACUCCCAGAAUUCAAAUAUUUCGAUGUCUUUACAAAAUUGGUUCAUUUUAUUGUCUUCCGGCGAUUGAACACAAAAAUAUUUAAAUUGUAGCAGUGAAAAACGUGAUGGCUUUGCUAUUGGGGGUCACGUUUUUCAUCCCACCAUGUAAUUUAAUAUUAUAUAAAUAAUUGUUUUAUAUAAAUCCCUCAUUACUUGUAAUUUAAUAAUGUCUGAUGAUACAUUGAGAGUCAAGACGAAACGUUACGCUAAUGAAUAAAUAUUUCGUUUUUAUACAUUAUUUUUGUAUUGAAGUGCUCUUUUAAAAGCACUUUGCUGGGAUUUAAUAUUUAUAAUAAGAAUUCGCUUCCCGCCCGGUACAUCCCAGGUUACUACCCUGUAAAUAUAUGCUUAUAUAAAGCCUCAAAUAAAAAUUUAUAUCAUUUAA